AUAUACAUAUCUUUCUUUCUCGAUUAUGAUUCUCGAUGAGAGAUUUAAAACAAAUAUCUUAAUAAUCAAAUAAUACAAAUAUUAUUUGUGAAUAAAUUGAAAAAUGAGUACGACGAACGAGCGAUGUACAAAAUGUCAUGGCGAUCAUGAGACAGGUAGCAUUUACUGUCCAAAAUUUAACGAAAAGAGAAUAGCAGAUUCUACAAAAGUAUCAUCAGCGAAAUCAUUGGAUAACAGUUAUAUUGUGCAAAUAGUUUCCAUAGGUAUUCGGCCUGACAAUUUCUAUGAGGCGAAGAUGUUACUAGCACCGGAAAUCGAUAUGUCAUCUACGAAAAUAACUGUUAAGGGCAAUAAUCUUCGUGUGAGCGUUCAACGACAUUUAAAUAAAGAGUUUUCGGAUAUGAUACAAAAAUUGCCAUUUAAUGAUUUGUCUAAACAAAUCCUGAAACACCGAGAAAAUUUACUUAUUCCAGAGACCAUCGACAGCGACGAAGUUCGUGCUGUCGUUGACAAUAAACAUAGGAUGCUCAUUUUAACUGCCCCUACUAUUAAACCGAGCAAAAGAUUAAAAAUGUGAUAGAUCAAAAUAAGUUGUCAUCAAUGAUGCCAGCUAAUCGAAACAAAAGAAUUUAUCUAAUCGAAAAACCUAUUUCUAAAACAUUACCUGCAAAUGCCAAAUUAAGUUCUUCUAUAACUUAAUGCCUCAGUUUCCUGUAAUAAUUAUUCGUUAUUGAAUAUGGAAAAUUUGCCACAGCAUUGUUUGGACAACGCCAUACUGUUAAGACGAUAUGAUUAUAUAGAUCUCAAAAUGAUAUCGAGCGGAUUCAAAACACGAUUGAAAUUGAGUCAAAUCCCGGAUUUUUAUACUAUAAAUAGCAAAGAAUAUUUUGCUGUAAGUAAUAUACCAUUUGCUUUCGAUAUCCUAUAAAUUACCUUGAGUACGCGAUCUUUCUAUUCUUGACACGUGUUGUCUGCAUAUAUAUAUAUGGUGUAAAAAAAAAAAAAAUAAAUAAAAUAAAAUAAAAUAAAAUAAAAUAAAAAAAAAAAAAAAAAAAAUAAAUUGUAAGAAAUUAAAUAUAAUGCAGGCAGAAAUAAAGAUUGAAGGAUUUAAAGUAAGUACUGCUGCUCUAGCAACGGAAAAUGUUUUGAAUAUUAAAUUACAAGAAUUGGGUGGUCGACGUCACGUUAGAAAUAUUAACUUUUUCAUUCCAACGGAAGCAAACGCAAAAGUUGCAUCUAUUGAAGUAUUCGAUGAUAAUACCAUUUUUAUGAGAGUACCACUUGUAGGAAAUUUUUAAAUUUUGUAUCGACAUACAACAAAAAAUACCCUUUAUAUAUAUAUACACAUACAUAUAUAUAUAUAAAAAAUAUUUUAACGAUGAUCGAAAUAUAAAUUUUGUUGUUGUGUCUCUUUCCACAUUUUAUUUAUAUUGAAAUAAAAAUCUUGGAUUAACGACAAAAACUCCUUAAUCAUUUUUAUUUGGCUGGCGGGCUCUUAGCUUUUGUUGCCUGCGCAUCCAACGUUUUCGUCGGCUCUGGUUUUGCAGCUUUAGCUGGUGCCGAGGCUGCUUUCUUCGGAGCUUUAGGUUUCUUCGCUUUAAGCGCUUUAACCGCCAGAAUUUGCUUGGUUCUUCUUUCUUUAAGCCUUUUAGCUUUAAGUGCUGGUGCAUUCUUGGGAAGUUCGAUCUAAAUGGAAUAAAAUAUUUUCAUAUAUGUACUUCAAACUUUCGCACAAUGGUGUUAAAGUAUCAAUUGAUAUUAUUAUUAUUAUUAUACUUACUCCUCGUUUUUCAGCCAAGAGCAAAUCUUUCUCAUAUUGUCGCCUCUGUGCUGUUAAAAUUGCUGCACGUUUCAAUACUGCAGCAUAUGGAUUCAGACGCAACAUUGCACGUGUAUUAUUCAAUGGGUUCAGUUUCUUCACCCUGCGUACUAUCUUCUUUCUGUAAUUUGAAUAUUAUACAAUUUAUAUAUUAUUUAGAAAUUGCCAAAAAGAAUGAAGUUAGUUUUCCUUCAAUUCUAUCAGUAAUGGUUAAAAAUUAUAAUCACUGUCAGUCAACAACACGGACCUUAAAAUCAUCAUUUAAAUAUUUAAAAAAGAAUUAAUAAUUUAAUAUUAAUUUAUACAUAUAUAUAUGUAUAUAUAUUCGACAUUUAUUUGUAUUAAAAAUAUUACCUUGGAG